CCCAGGUUUCGAACAACUGACCUCAUGCUCCUCUCAAUUGGUGUCUUGGAAUAAAAGUGGGAAACACAAUUUUAUGCAUAUUAAGCAACUGUCCCAAAAUAUCCCUUAACGAACACCGAACACCCACCCGCCACUAGACAUGUCAUCCUCCGCCCGUCCUAUGUGGCGCGAUCUGACGGUCCGAUUUGUCACAAAGUGUUAAUCCGUACUAAAAGACGGCGGAGAUCGUCAUUGGGAUAGACAGCUGGUCAACUGCACUUCUGUCCUUUUCAUAUAUAAUCGGCCCCUUUAAAUGGCCUCAUCUUUUUCCAGCGGCUACAGGAGCUACAAAUCCAUGGCGGAAAUCCACUGUGCCUAAAGUUUGAGGCACAAGAUUUCAUGAAAUAGAGAGGGGCAACUGGCAUGCCGGUGGUGUAACACAAUAGACACUUUAUUCAUGUCCAUGUUUCUCCACCGGAAGGUCAAAGUAGUUCAGUCUCUUGCACUUACUUGAGGGUAGAUAAGAUUUGGACAGAACAAAAUAUGUAUCUGUUCAACUUGAUUUUGUUCUAUGAUGUUGACCUUGUUUGAAGUGAGGAUAAGGAAAUGUGAGUGCAAAGAAAAUAACAACAGAGCUUUUUUUGUGUCCGGUGAUUGCUGUCGAAGUGGAAUAUGGAUGGAUUGGAUCAAUAGUAUUCCUGUCUGCCCAACAUUUUAUCCAACAAUGGAGGAGUUUGAAGAUCCAUUGUCUUAUCUCCAGAGCAUUGCCCCUAAAGCAUCAAAAUUCGGAAUAUGCAAGAUUGUUUCACCAGUGUCUACAGUAGUGCCUGCUGGAGUGGUUCUAAUGAAGGAGAAAUCUGGAUUCAAGUUCACCACUAGAGUGCAGCCAUUUAAAGUUGCAAGAUGGGAUACUGAAGAACAAAUUAAGUACUAUAUGAGUGGAAGAAAAUACUCCUUCCGUGAAUUUGAGAAAAUAGCAAACAAGCUAUUUGCUCAUAAAUUUUCUACUUCGGCAAGCUUGCCUGCCAAAUUUGUUGAACGAGAGUUCUGGCUUGAGAUAACAUCAGGGAAAACAGACUUUGUUGAGUAUGCCUGUGAUGUUGAAGGGAGUGCCUUCUCGAGAUCAGCAAAUGAUCCACUAGGAACCAGCAAGUGGAACUUACAGGAUAUUUCGAGGCUUCCAAAAUCUGUUCUGCGCCUGCUUGAAUCUCCAAUUCCGGGGGUGAGUGACCCAAUGCUUUACAUUGGAAUGCUCUUUAGCAUGUUUGCAUGGCAUGUUGAAGAUCACUAUUUAUACAGCAUUAACUAUCACCAUUGUGGUGCAUCCAAGACAUGGUAUGGUGUUCCUGGGCAUGCAGCUUAUGAUUUUGAAAAUGUAGUUGUGGAAAAUGUGUAUGGUGCAGAAAUGUCCAUUCAUGAAGGAGAGGAUGCAGCUUUUAGUUUGUUGAUAGGAAAAACAACAAUGUUUCCACCAAAAAUAUUACGUGAGCAUGGAGUUCCUGUUUAUAAGGCUGUACAAGAGCCUGGGGAGUUUGUGAUUACGUUUCCUCAGGCAUACCACGCAGGCUUUAGUCAUGGUUUUAAUUGUGGCGAGGCAGUAAAUUUUGCAUUAGUUGAUUGGUUUCCAUUUGGGGCAGCAGCCUGUAAACGUUAUGAAAAUCUGAAUAGAGUACAAAUACUUCCUCACGAACAACUACUGUGUAAAGAGGCAAUGCUUCUUGCAAACAAUAGAUUGUGUUCUGGAGAUGGAACGCAGCACUUGAUGAAGAUUGCAUUUGUUAGCCUUAUAAGACGUCAGCAUCAGUUUUGUUGGUUACUGAAGAAGCAAGAAGCACAUAUAUUUUACUCGCUGGGUUAUGACAGAAAUGUACUAUGCAGUGUCUGCAAUCACUGGUGCUAUGUUGCAUUUGGCAUAUGCCAAUCCAACAGGCACACUGUGUGUUUAAAUCAUGCAAUGAAGUGCGGAUGUGGCUGCAUUCCAACCAUCUACUUAAGAGACGAUAUAUCUGCAAUGGAAGCAGUAGCUCAGGAAUUUGAACAAGAGGAGGGGGUGUUGGGAGAAUCACUGAAAGAGUUGCCUGUUUUGCUCGAUGAACACAAUGAUUAUGUUCCAUACUCUAGUGUCAUUUCAGAGCAAAAUCAAAAUUAUGUUUUUUCUUCUUCAGUGAGCCAAAAUAAUGGAACAACAUCCUCUGGUUUUGAGAAGGAGUCUUCCAAUGAGGAAAGUUAUAUCGUAGGUAACAUUGGGGAAAAAGGUGAUGAUGAUUCUGAUUGUGUACCAUUUAGGGUAAAGAGACAGUGCAGAGCUUUACCUGAGAACAAAAUUUCAGAUCAUGAAAGGGAUUUUAUCUAUUCAAACAAAAUCUUGCAAGAACCUGAAUUCUGUUGGCCAGAAAAUUCCAUGGAGAAAACAACUGAUCCUGUCAAGAGUAGCAGUGACUUAGGCCAAAGUGCUGCAGUUAAAGCUACAGAUGUGCCUAAUAGUAAGCGGAAAGAAGGUUCCCUUAAAUUUAGGCUAAAAAUAAGAGGCCCUUCUCUUCCUGUUGGGACUACCAUAUGACGUGAUCAAACAGAUAACAAGACAUUUGUAUCAUAUCAGGAAAUUUUUAAAAAUCGUUUAAAAGUGGCGAAGACACGAGAUGUUCAGAGGAAUCGAAAGUGGAAGGGCAUUUAGCAACAUUUAUUUCUUACUGAAGGCUCCUGUACCUGAUAUGGAAUUCGACUAACCAUAGCCCCCAUUUUCUAAUCACAUUUUUUUUCCAACCAAUAGAUUAGCAGCAUGUUACCUAUACGUUCCGUGUACAGAAUUGAAUUGAUUCCUGACUGCUGCUAAGAAUUAUUUGAGGUGUUACUCUCCUAUGGAGAAGCCUUUGCAAGGGUUAACAUUUUUCUUAUUCCAGUCUUAAGUGGGAUGGCCUGCCAGAUGGACAACUUAGAAAUAGAAAGGGGUCGACAAUUCCAUCUUCUCAUUUGAAAAAAAGCUUAUUAUUUUAGGACAGCUGGUGGGUAGAAUGUAACAGCUAAUACAACAGGCCUAACUGUAAAAUAAUGCUCAUUUUUCUUUCAAUUUUUUCAUGAAGCCUAAGAGGGGGCAUUCCCCUAUUCUAUUUUUUUGAUUUUCAAUUUGAAGCUGAUUCUUAGGCUUUAUGAAUUCUUUAUUCUUACAGUGCAAAAGCACUUGAAUGUGAAUAAAAUUCAAAUUUGAUGUAAACCAAUGGCGUCCUUUGCCAGUUGUCAUUUAUUUCAGCAGUGAAGGGGAAUGAAAAUGAAGUGACCUUUCACUGCAAGUUUGCAUUUCUUGUAACUUCCAAAUCGGAAAUAAAGCUCCUUAUGAAACAGGUAAAUAUCUCACAUUUUUGGACUGCA